AUGGACGGCAACGAUGCCAUGAAGCUCCUGGUGCCCACCGCGGCCUUUGCUGUCGGAGUCGGACUGUUGUUGUAUUUCUGGCCAAGGCCACCGAAGGUCUUCCUGACGCGGGAGCGGAAGCGAGUACAGGUGUCUGAUGUCGUGGAGCUGUCCCAUGACACAAAGCGAAUCCGACUCUCUUUCGGAAGUAAGAAGAUGAUUCUUGGUUUGCCUGUGGGCAAGCACAUCGUCAUCUAUGCCCCGAAUCCCCCCAGUGCCAUCUCGUCGAAGAGUUGGAAUGGAAAGCCGGACCAAGACAAAGGCAAGCCUGAGAUUGACAGGAAGUACACACCAGUGACCGGAAACGAGGCGUCGGGCUACGUUGAUCUCGUGGUCAAAAUCUACAGACCCGGAACGGUCAAAAUGCCGGAUGGCAAGGAGAUGAAGUGGGAAGACGGUGGAAAGAUGGGCCUCUACCUCGAUAGCAAGAAGCCUGGGGAUUGGAUUGAGAUUGCAGGGCCACUUGGUGUCAACGAGUACCUGGGCCAAGGAACUUUCAAACUUCCGGGUAAGACUGUAACCGUCAAACACGUUGGGAUGUUGGCGGGCGGAACUGGGCUGACCCCGAUGCUCCAGGUGGUGCAGGCCGCGCUUCGAGAUGCUAGUGACGCUUGCAACUUUUACUUGAUCUACGCGAACAAGACUGACAAUGAUAUCUUGUGCCGGGACAUGCUCGACGACCUCGCCAGAAAUAGCAAAGGUCGGUUUAAGCUGUACUACACCCUGGAUUUUCCGCCCGAGAACUGGGCGCACAAGACCGGCUUCAUCACCGCCGACAU